AUUACGAAGACAACAAAAUGGAUGCUUCACAUAGCCGUCGUCGAGGCUACAUCUCGCUUCUAGUUAUAUCUUAUUCCUAUGUGUUUGGUUUAGCUUCCAAUUUGAAUAUUUCUAAUGAUGCAAGAGGCAGCAAAAUCGAAAUUACCAAUUCUCGAUCUUCUUCCACUGACUAUGGUACGGACAUGGGCAAGCAAUAUAUUAUGUGUACAGAAUCUAAUCUCCAAGAUCCAUGGGUGCUUUCUUGUAAAACAUCUAAAGAUGUUGUUACAAGAAUCAAUUUUGCUGAUUAUGGAAAUCCUUCCGGUAAGUGUGAACACUAUAGACACGGAAAUUGUGGCGCAAAGGCUACCAUGGAUGUCGUAAAGAAGAAUUGUCUUGGAAAACACAAGUGUGUGAUUAUUGAUAAUGACGAGAUGUUUGGUGCGAGUCACUGCAAUAAAGAUAUUAAGUUUAUUGUUCAAUACACUUGUACAAAAGAAUAGGUUUCUUAUUUGCUUCUUAAUUAAUAAGGUCUUUUUUUUUUUGCUAAAAAUCAAUAAGGUCUUUAUAAAAAAUGGUUGCAUGGUUUGUUUUCUUGUAAUGAUCAAGUUCUUGUUGAUUAUUAG